AUGCUCAAAGAUUCAGCUUCCAACACUUGCACACCUCCUUCGACGGAACCAGUUAAAACCCACCCGGAAGAAACUGGACUUUUUCAAGGACUGUGUAUUGAAACUGAAUGGCAUUACAGAGGGGUCCAGCUAAAGGCAUGGGGAAAGUACCCGGCGGAGAUUCGGGACCUGAGAGGUCUAGAGCAUGAAUGGGGACAUGACACUGAUGUUGAUGCAGUUAAAGUUUACGACUGUUCAGCCUUCAAGAUGAGAGUAUCCAAAGCAACUUUGAAUUUUUCGUUUGCCCCGUCGGAAAAAAGGUUUGAGGAUGAACAAAGCACGUUAUUGGACCGGUAUGAGAGGCUCUCCUUGCAACUGAACCAGGCCAUACUGGGGCGGAGUAUGUCGGAGCCGAGUGUUCUACAGCAGCAAGCGGCGCCGCAGGUGGUGGUGGCGGCGAAGCUAGUGCGGCAGUGGCGCCGCCGGGGGACUGAUUUACUAAAGAAACCAAUUCUUGGGAAAAAGAGUGCCAAAAAUGAUGAUAGGACAGAUUCAAAGAUUUGGAAAACAUUGAGCAGAUACUUGAGGGUUUAA